AUGGCCGAUGUUAAGCGGACGUUGGGAGAGGAGUUCGAUGUGAUGCUCUCGGGGGGUUCUGGCAAGUGGCGGCUUGGCGCUUUCACGUUCAAGGAACACAAUGGCCUGCGCAUUGCGGCGAUCCACAACACAGGAGCGCUGUUUGACUGGAACAAGGCCCAUCCCGACAAGCAGGUGAAAGCCGGCGAUCUGCUUGUGGAGAUCGACUCGCAGAAGCCCGAGGGCGGCAUGCGGGGCAACGGGAAGGAGUUGUAUGAAGAGCUGCUCCGAGUGCCUCGUCCGUGCCGGCUCGUGAUUGGCGCCGGGCCGAUGCACUUGGGAUGA